AUGUCGGGGGCGUAUCGCUCACGCUCGGAUCUUCUGAAUCCCGCGCCUCCAAGAUCCUUACCGUGCCUGAGUUCGCUCUCGCGUUUUCUACCUUCCGCGAUGUUAUCUGCGCUGUUUGAUGAUUACCUGUCCAUCAUCCUUGACAUGGCUGUGCGAUACGGAGGAUCGGGAUUUUAUGAAUACCAUCGCCUCUUCUCCGCACAGGCGGCUGCGCGCCUGCAGCAAUGGAACAUCGCUACCUAUUGGGGCACCCUGAACCUCGAGCUUUAUUGCCGUAUUUUCGCUGGCCGUCCUUCCCUCUCCUGCGAACUGUGCGGUCAGCCGUCACACCCCGUCUCAGCCUGCUCACUGGUGAUCUCUGCUCCUGUCACCGCUCCUUCUCCUGCCCCCCCCCUCUCUCCUUUCACUCCCCUUUGCCGGCGCACCUUCGGCUGCACCGCGUCUCAAUACCUGCAGCUCACGCCCGCCCUUCCUGGCCCCACCAUCCCCCCAAGUUCGGGCGGAGCUGACUGCUCCGCUAUCUGUCAACCCCGGAAGAAACGCCUCAUCAUCGACUUAUCCGCUCCCCAUGGCUCUUUUGUUCCUUCCGUCAAUAGCCUGGUGCCCAGUGACGAGUUUUCUUUGUGCUAUGCCCGCGUCGAUGAUGCGAUUUCCCUCAUCAAACUCGUCGGACGCAGCACUUGGAUGGCCAAAGCAGAUAUCGUCUCAGCUUUUAAGGUCUUACCCAUCCAUCCUGACUUUUGGCACCUAUUUUGCGUGCGCUGGAAGGGGCGUUACUACUUCACCACCCGGCUCGUUUUCGGCUGUAAGAGCAGCCCCAAGAUAUUUGACUGUUUCGCUGAGGCACUGUCCUGGAUCCUGCUCAACGUGUGUCGCAUUCCCUAUGUCGUGCACCUGCUGGACGACUUUCUGGUCCUCGACGCCCCGUCUUCUCCGCCCGCUCUUUGCAUCACCUCCCUAGCAUCAGUUUUUCACCGCCUGGGCUUUCCGCUGUCCGCCGAAAAGACCGUUGGUCCGUCUACAUCGCUUGAAUUUUUGGGGAUUUUGCUGGACUCUGUCAACUUACAGGCUUCUCUUCCCCGCGAUAAGCAAACUUGCAUCUCCCAAGUUCUCUCAGAGUUUCUGCAACAGCCUCGUUGCACCAAGCAGCAGCUCCUGUCGCUUCUCGGGCAUCUGAAUUUCGCCAUGCGCAUCAUCCCACAAGGUCGCGCUUUCAUUUCCCAUCUCCUCCUCCUCGCUUCUUCAGCUACAUCCUACUUUCAGUUCGUCACCCUGGAUGAGGCUUGUCUAGCAGAGAUACGUUUCUGGCUCCUACUCCUCUCUCAUUGGAAUGGCAUUUCGUUUUUCUUUAACGACGCAGUAUCUAAUCCUGUUGAUAUUCAUCUCUUCACGGACGCCGCACCUUCCACAGGCUUUGGCGGUUUCUACGACGGCAGAUGGUUCGCCUCCCAAUGGCCUGCCGAAUUUUUUCAGCUCCCCUCGGAUCUUUGUGAUUCAUCCGCGCUUCGUGAACUUUACCCCAUCAUCGUCGCUGCCCUGCUAUGGGGACACGAAUGGACGCGACGCGUCAUUUUCACACACUCUGAUAAUCUAGCCGUAGUAAACGCAAUCAACAAGGGUCGGUCAAAUUCCCCGUCCUUAAUGCCAUUGCUCCAGAGGCUCACGUGGCACUCCAUCAUGCAUCAGUUCAUUCUCAAAGCUGUUCACAUUCCUGGUUCAUCUAACCCCAUUGCUGAUUCUCUGUCUCGUUUCCAAUUUCAGAAAUUCAGGACCUUGGCUCCACUCUCAGACCCUCAUCCAACCCCAGUUCCACCUUAUUCGGACACCAUCUUCCCGCUGCACACGCCUUCUACAAUUUGACUCUCCAAUCCCAGGACCUCAUUCUUAACGCCGUUUCCCCUAACACUCUUUCAACUUACUGGACAGGAUGGCAAUGUUUUCGUCGGUUCCACGUUUUUCUUUCAAUCCCCUUUCCCUCCUUUGAUCUAUUUAGCACGGCCAACUUCCUCACCUUUACCA